AUGAAGCUGCUCGGCUCAUCCCGGAAGGGCAAAGAACACGCGAGCAACGCACCGCUUCGAAGCCAGACCCUUAAUUAUGCAGCUGGACCUGCGACUGUUCCAGCUUGGCAUAUCCAGGACACGCCAUAUUAUCUACCGCCUCAGCCUCCUUCGGUUGUUGUAAAUCAACAUUACUACAUCAAUGCGCCUUCAAGUUCUCCUGGUAUUGCUAGCCCAAGAAAGCUCCUCGCCGGCAGUACUGGUUGCAUCGCCAAGCUGAACCUGGGCUCGGUGGCCAACCUAGCCACAGAUCUGCUCCCCAUGGACAUGCCACAUAUUUUCGACGACCGACCAUCAGCUAUUCAAGCCCCUGGUCCGACAUUCGUCCACAAGGGUAUGACGCUGUAUGAUCAACUGUCGUCCGGAUUCGACAGCGUGCUCACAUCGAUCGACCACGGCUUGGACACGGGCAGAGAAGGCUACCCGUUACAUGGUUUAGUGCCUUACCCGCAGACUUCUCCAUACCUGCAAAACGAAGCGACACCUGUAUAUGAUGGGGGUGGGGAUGGCCCAACAUUGAAGAUUCAGCCUGCUGCGACUUCGUUGCCGUCGAUCUCUGCAAACUACUUUGCAAAGGUGGACAUGUAUGCAAAUUCAAAGCUCAACUCCAAACUGCCACCUCUAAGAUUAUAUGUAAACACGUAUCCGCUUCUUUGCCUGGCUGCAAAGUACUCGGAUUGCGUAUAUGAGCAGCCACGAGGGGCUGAGCGGUAUUUUCACGUCAAUGCAGACUGGCGCACUGGUACCAAAGCCAUGGUUAUCAGAUCUGUUCCCAUGGAUCAUACCAAAACAAUCGUCUUCGCCAUUCGCGGAACGGCCACAUUUAUGGACUGGGCCGUAAACAUGAAUGUAGCGCCGACUUCACCAGCCGGCUUUCUUGACGACCCGGGCAACCUCUGUCAUGCCGGUUUCCUUUCUGUGGCGCGCAAUAUGAUUCAACCCGUUGCCAAGCGGCUCCGCGAACUCCUGCAAGAGGGGCGUACCUCCUACUCCCUUCUGAUCACGGGGCACUCGGCCGGUGGUGCCGUUGCGGCGUUGCUUUAUUCGCACAUGCUGGCUAUCUCACAACAGGCCAGCUCGGAGCUCAACUCUCUUGCUGGUCGGUUCCGUCGGAUCCACUGCAUCACUUUCGGGACGCCACCUGUAUCGCUGCUGCCCUUGGCCAAUCCGGACCGAAAAGGCCUGAACAAAUAUCUUUUUCUAAGUAUUAUCAACGAAGGAGACCCGGUAGCAAGGGCCGACAAAGCAUACGUGAAGAGCUUGCUUGAGCUAUUCGUCAGCCCAAUAUCCAAAACAACACCAAAUGACCAAGGAAACUCCGGGGUUGGUAUCAAAGACCUGAGAACAGAAACUGCGGCGAGUCCACUGCGGCCAUGUCGGCCAUUUAAGCUUAACAAGCACCACCAGUAUGCGAAGUGCAAUGAUGCUCACCACACCAACCAACUUGUUUACGAUAUUCGCAGAUCUCGCGGACUGAAACCAGUGUGGAAGGUACCACAAUCAACGCUGAGUAACCCUGGUCGUUUGAUCGUGCUACGCGCAGGAUGUCCAGCCCAGACAAUAGGUCAGGGACACAGAUCCAUCGAAGAAUUGCUGGACGACGGCGUUGUGGCACAGUUGACAACAGACGAGCAGCUGCGGGAAGUUAUCUGGGGCGACCCGACGUACCAUACCAUGAAACUCUAUGCCGGGCGCAUCGAGACUCUUGCUAUUGGUGCAGUCACGGCAAAUGGCUGCGACUCUCUCUAA